AUGAAGAGUGUACUUGUAACAGGAGGAGCCACUGUCACAUUUGUUGCGCUACUCCAAUUGACUCUCAAUGAAAAGUUUAUUUCUGCCUUGAAGAAAAACAAUUUCGAUAAACUUGUUGUUCAGUAUGGAACUCAACCCACAGGUGAAUCACUAUUUCUGUCGCUGAUCAACAAACUAACCGAUGAAGAUUAUAAGAAGUCUCAAUUAGGUCAGCUAUACAACAUAAAGCUAAAGGAUGGCUUUUUAAUCCAAGGAUUGAGCUUUGAUACUGAUUUCGUCAAGAAUUACACGUCCAAAGUUGAUCUCGUGAUCUCACAUGGAGGAACUGGCUCUAUUCUAGAUACUCUGAGAGCAGGUAAAAAGUUGGUGGUUGUUGUAAACGAUACAUUGGCCGAUAAUCACCAACUAGAGCUCACUGAAAAAUUUGCAGAAAGAGAAGUUUUGGGCUAUUGUCGGAAAAACACGGUAGAGGAGCUGAUUGAUCAAGUGAAUCAAGCCGAAUCAAGAGAGUUUAAAAGAUUGGCGCCUAGCAAGGGAAGAAUCAUACAAGAUGUUAUAUUGAAUAAUAUUAUUAAGCCAUAA